AUGGGCAAGAACAAAAGAAAUCAGCAGAAAGGCUAUAAUAAUCAAAGAGAGAUGCUGAGCCCUGAAGGAUUUAAAGAUAUGUUUCCUCAUCUUUCUAUAGGGAAAAUAGGAGAAAUAUUAAAGAAAAAUCAAGGGAAAAAUCAAGAAGAAAUAUUGGAUAUUCUAUUGAAAAUAAAUGAAGAAGAGGAAAAGACCCAAGUGGCUAAAAAAGAAAUAAGAGAAGAAAAAAAAGAAGAAAUCACUAAAAAUCCUGAAAUAAAUAAAGAAAAGCUUGAUACAAAACUAUACAAAACACAGCUCUGCACAAAUCUAAAUUGUACAGACUCAGAAUGUUUUUAUUAUCAUGAUGAUUAUGAUUGCAGAAGAAACCUUGAUAAAUACCACUAUAGGCCAAUUCCAUGUUUUAGCACGUAUGAUAAAGGUGAAUGAUUUCACCCAAGUUAUUGUGCUAGAGGAUUUGAUUGCCAUUUCUGUCAUACGCAGAAUGAGUGGCAUUGUCAUCCAGAAUAUAAGAAGAGACCAAAUAAUAAAUUACGACGAAUUCAAGAAGAAAGCAAAAUUUCCAAUAAAAACUCUGAAGAAUUAAAAAAAAUUUUAGAAGACUUAAAAAUAUCAAUAGAAGCAUCAGAUCAGCAAAUUCAUCAAGUGAAAAACGAAAUUGUAGGGAUUGACCAAGAAAUUCAAGGGAUGGCAAAAUUUUUGAAUUGCGGAAAAUGUAUGCAAGAAGAAAUGGAUUGAUUGAUUAUUCCUUGCUGCCAUGGAAUAUGCACAAAUUGUAAACUUACUGCGUAUGAAGCUUGUCCGCUAUGUGGAGCCAUAAUGCAAAGCAGCCAUCCAAUUAAUACUGAUUUUUAA